UGCGCGGCGCUGCGCGGGGCGCGCGGCGGGACCCGGCCACCACCUCCCUGGGCGCCCCGCUUUGCCCUCGAUCGGAGCGGCGCGGGGCCGCGAAGCCGGAGCCAUGCAGUCGGAAUCGGGGAUCGUGCCGGAUUUCGAAGUCGGGGAGGAGUUUCACGAAGAGCCCAAAACCUACUACGAACUCAAAAGUCAGCCCCUGAAGAGCAGCAGUUCUGCGGAGCAUCCCGGGGCCUCCAAGCCUCCGAUAAGCUCGUCCAGUAUGACAUCACGCAUCUUGCUACGCCAGCAGCUCAUGCGUGAACAGAUGCAGGAGCAGGAGCGCAGAGAGCAGCAGCAAAAGCUGCAGGCGGCCCAGUUCCUGCAGCAGAGAGUGCCCGCGAGCCAGACACCGGCCAUCAACGUCAGCGCGCCCACGACCCUUCCCUCUGCCACCCAGGUGCCCAUGGAAGUCCUCAAGGUGCAGACCCACCUCGAAAACCCCACCAAGUACCACAUACAGCAAGCGCAGCGGCAGCAGGUCAAGCAGUACCUUUCCACCACUUUAGCAAACAAACAUGCCAACCAAGUCCUGAGCUUGCCAUGUCCAAACCAGCAGGGCGACCGCGUCAUGCCACCGGUGCCGGGGAGCAGCGCGCCCAACAGCCCCAUGGCCCUGCUCACGCUUAACUCCAACUGUGACAAAGAGGGGUUUUAUAAGUUUGAAGAGCAAAACAGGGUGGAGAGCGAGUGCCCCAGCAUGAACACACACCCACGGGCUUCGUGCAUGCAGAUGGAUGAUGUCAUCGAUGACAUCAUUAGCCUGGAAUCAAGUUAUAAUGAGGAAAUCCUGGGCUUGAUGGACCCCGCCUUGCAGAUGGCAAACACGUUACCCGUCUCUGGAAACUUGAUCGACCUUUACGGCAGCCAAGGCCUGCCACCCCCCGGCCUCACCAUCAGCAACUCCUGUCCUGCCAACCUCCCCAACAUCAAACGGGAGCUCACAGCGUGUAUUUUCCCCACAGAGUCUGAAGCCAGAGCCCUGGCCAAGGAGAGGCAGAAGAAGGACAAUCACAACCUGAUUGAACGAAGAAGAAGAUUUAACAUAAACGACCGCAUUAAAGAACUAGGUACUUUGAUUCCCAAGUCAAAUGAUCCAGACAUGCGCUGGAACAAGGGAACCAUCCUGAAGGCAUCCGUGGACUACAUCCGGAAGCUGCAGCGGGAGCAGCAGCGCGCCAAGGAGCUGGAGAGCCGGCAGAAGAAGCUGGAGCACGCCAACCGGCACCUGCUGCUGCGAAUCCAGGAACUCGAGAUGCAGGCCCGGGCUCACGGACUCUCCCUCAUUCCAUCCACGGGUCUCUGCUCCCCCGAUCUGGUGAACCGGAUCAUCAAGCAAGAGCCGGUACUGGAGAACUGCAGCCAGGACCUCCUGCAGCACCAGGCAGAGCUGGCGUGCACCAGCCUAGACCUCACGGACGGCACCCUGGCCUUCAGCAGCAGCCUGGGGCCUGCGGCCGAGGGCGCCCAGGCCUACAGCGUCCCCACCAAGAUGGGGUCCAAGCUGGAAGACAUCCUGAUGGACGACACCCUCUCUCCCGCCGGGGUGACUGACCCACUCCUGUCCUCCGUGUCCCCGGGAGCCUCCAAGGCCAGCAGCCGGAGGAGCAGCAUGAGUAUGGAGGAGGCCGAGCUGGCGUGUUAG